UGGAAUUUCGUAGCGUUUGUGUGAUGUAAAAUACAGCGCUUUUGGUUGCGAGCGCGUGCGGCGGGGAAUUACAGUUUUACCCGCGGCCGCGCUCGCCGCCAUUGCUCACCCCUUUCAGUCGUCUCCGAUCAUUUCAUCGCGAAUCCGAACCUUUUAGACCGAACAUAGCCACAGAGAGAGAGGGAGAGGGAGAGAGAGAGAGGGGAGAAGAAGAAGGAAAUCCUCCUUCGUUCUGCUUCUCCUCUCCUCCACACACUGGCCGAUGAUAUCGACUUUGAAACCUUCGGCUAGGGUUUCUCCCACGAUAUAUGGAAGAUAUGGGGAAGCAAGCGGGGAAGAAGAAGGUCUUUUCCUUCUUCUCAAGGAAGUUACGAUCGGCCCGGCGAACUGAGUUGCAGCCGUUGAUGGCACCGGCGCCGAUUGGUGUCGCAGGGGAGGGGCCGACAGUGCAGGCGGGGGCUAAAGGGGCGAAGAAGAAGGCAGGUUCUCGGCUUUGGAUGCGAUUCGACCGCACGGGCCAAUCUGAAGUAGCGGAGCUUGACAAGAACGCCAUUAUAAGGCGGGCUUCCAUCCCUACCCGGGACCUUAGAAUCCUCGGCCCAAUUUUCUCCCACUCUUCUAAUAUCAUUGGUGAGGCGCUACCGCAUUUUUUUCCUCCUUCAGCGAUGGCUGGUUUUAUGAUCCUCCGUUUCUCUGUUUGAAUAAUUUGAUACGAAACGGGUUGUUUUGGUUUCUUUUUGCGUUCUUGGUAGGGUUUGAUAUUAUCUAUUAUGUAGG